AUGUCGGGCGCGUCAAAAAAUGACGAAUCGGGCCUUUCUGGUGGCAGCCAAGCAUUGCCCCUGCGUGGGCAUGCAGGGUCGAGCUCACAGCUUACUAGCCUGGGCAGCACCCCUGACCUCUCCUCUCCUACCAAGGCUAUAGAAGCCUCACAACAAGAAGACUAUGACGAAGAUGACGAAAAUGACGUUGAAGACGACGAUUCAGACGAGUCUGUACAUCCAGCAGACGAUAUUUUACAGAAAACAAUCCGAUUUUGGGAACAACUGCGCAAGAACAACAACAACCAGGUACGACGGCAAGGAGCUGAGCGUCAGAGGUACAACCUCGAUGCCUUCCUCUUCAAGCUCACGAGCGAGGGCACCCCGAAUCACAUUGCCAUGAAUUCCCGGCGGCUUGGAGAAGUUCUGAUGAGCCCUUCUGUUCGUGAUGCCCUCAAAUCACAAGGCAUUACUAUCACAAGUGACGAUCAUGUUGCCGAGGCAGGCUCCUUCAGCCACGUUAUACUCUGUGACACUGCUUGGCUUGAAAAUACCCUCAAAGAAGCCUGGCCAACGCUCAAGAAAUACGCCCCGAAUUUGGUCACCUUUUUAUCACAGGUCCUCCAGAAUCAGAAAGAGCUGGCCAAUAUGGACUUUGACGAUGACAAAAGCCCCCAAAUCUUGCUACUCGCCUCCCUAUUUACAGGCGGCUACGCACGCAACAACAGCUCCUUUUUGAGAGAUAUUCUCGGCCUCUAUAUGCUCGCAAACGGUACACCAAGGCGUGCGGUAGAAACCCUCGCUCAUAUCGGCUUGAUUCCUUCGUAUUGGACCCUGAAUAAAAUGCUCAACGACAUGGCAGCUAGAGCGAAGGAAAAUAUCAAGAAAGUCGCCAGGGAUCCGAACGGGCUUCUUGUUUAUGAUAACUUCAACUUCAUGAACCGUACAAGAGAGCUAGUUGGCGGGAAGAAAGACGAGAUGAUCAACCUUACAACGGCUUGUAUUGUUUCGUGCCCAGAACUCGGGGGAGCGGUGCAGAAGGCCAAUUUCCGGCCUCGAACGAAGGUUACAAAGGGAAUGGUCAUCGAUUACAUCCUUCCACGCCGCCAGACUAUCAAUAACGCGUCAAAAUGGCUAGUCAAACAGGCCCUCAUGAAGAUAUUCACAAAGGACAAUAUUCCCGGCAUGCCUGUCGUCAAGAGAGUUGAUGAAGGAACUAUCGACGGCGUAUACAAACUAUACGAAGAGCUCUUCAAACGCAGGCUUGGACUGGAUCAACAGUCUGACAUCGAUGAACGCCUCACCCUUGUUUAUGGCGACAUGAAAACAACCUCCUUUAUUCGCCGCAUUAAGCUCUCGCAGCUAGAGGCUAGCGAGAAGUGGGAGCAGAAGAAGUGGCUUGUCCCUGUGCCUGCUUUCUUCCAUAUUGAACUUAAUUAUAUUAAGUUUCUUUUCCCGGUUUUUUGGGACACUGGUGACGAUAAAAAUAACGUCACAAACGCUAUUAUUUCUUCUGAUGUGCAAUUCUUCCACCGGGGCAAGAACAUCAAGAAAAGCAAUAUCAAAUAUCACCAGGUCAUGCCUCUAUUGAUGCACGGCUAUAGUGUACGAAUUCUGGCAUUUGUUCUUGGUGAAUUGGUGGAGAAAGAAUAUAUUAACACCAACAGCCUCAAUGUCGAAACCGUCCUCGAGAAAUUGAAGGGCCUAGACCCCGAUAUUCUUGACGAUGCCAUUCUCUUCGUCAUACAUGAAGCUAUUCGCUGCCGCGACUGGGGAACUCUCAGGGACAUUAUACCGACUUUGCCUUUGUUAUUCUGGGGAGGAAAGUCGUCAAAUUACGGCCCUGAGAUGUUGUAUUUUGCCUUGCUUCUACACCCUCGUGUCAGCGAAGAUCACACAAUGCGGGCCAUUCCGAAAGGCGGCCUUAUUCGCUGUACAACAGCUGGAAGUGGCUACAAAGCCAUAGAUCUAAUGCUUGAGCAUAUCAAUGCCUCAUAUGCCCUUGAUAUCAAAUACAAUAAGAAUUCCACGCAUGACGUACAUGCUACCUUCUCGCGCCUCGCCCUGAACGGUAAUUUCCUUACAACUAUUCGCAAGUCGGUCAAGACUCUCUUUGUGAGUAAACAGAAGGGAACUCACAAGGCUGGCGACCCUACUGCAGACAUUAUUUUGUACGCAUGUAAGCUGUAUAACGAUGGCAUUACUAAGCGGAAUAAUAAGGAGGAGCGCCCCGAAGCAUUCGAUGCCCCUAAUGUCUUCGAGAGUGGGCAAAGAAUACUGCUAGAAAAGCUUGAUAACCUCAAUGAAGCUGUUGUUGAGCCUGAGGACCUUGUAGACCAGCGUGUUAUUCCGGGAACUGUACUAGGUGGCACAGAGGAUGGAGAGGUUGAUUGGGGCGAGGAGGGCUUGCGUUUAUUUGACGCCGAAGACGACUUCUGGGUACAGGCUGUUGAUCUUACGAGCGAUUAA